AUUUGCAAUUUAAAAGGGGAACCAUCAGAUGAUCUCAAGUGAUGUAAGAAAAUAAGAACCAAACACACCAAUACGAUAAAUUAAUACAAACAGUCAUCAUGCAGAAAUUGUACAUAAAAUAAUUGUGGAUUUCAUUCAUAUUUCCCCCUCCAUAUUCACCUUGAACAAAUGAAAGAGAAACAAUGCAGGAGUCUUCGGAGUUUCGAGAAUUUCGCAAUAUGAUUGCUGAAGUCUCCGCCUUUCCGAGGGGGACGCAGGCUAACCUAACAUGAUGGCGGUAUCCCAGACAGACGAGACUGACGAACUGUUGACCUGUCUGCGAGUGCAGCUGUACCACCCGGAGGCCCGGAGUGUCUUUGACUCUCUACCCAUGAACCUGAGGCACAAGCAGGAGGCCGAGGACCCGAUGAGGUUGGGUCGGGCAGCCGAGGCGUGCCCGUUCAUCUUGAACGACACCAGGGUCUCCCGCAAGCAGCUGGCCCUGCAGGCUUUCCGUGCCCCUGGGAGUACAGAAAUGCGCUUCAACGUGCAGAACUUGAGUCGCAAAGCUCCUGUGCAGGUCAAUGGCAUCGAACUGGGACAUCUAGUGGGAGCAGAGUUGCCUGACAAGGCUCUGAUCCGCUUCGGUCGGUACGAACUGCUCGUCCUGCGGGAGCCCGGGGACUCCGAGACCCACUUUGAGGUCCUGUUUGAGUGUCGAAGUGUGCCGCCAUCACAGGAAAUGGGUUUAGGGGUGCCCAGCUCUGUGGCUGUCAUGGACUCGGGGGAUGCUACCCUUUCUUGGAGGGAUCCCAGCAAUGAACCGUCAGAAUCAGAUGAGAAUCUAUAAGUCAGUAGUUCAACACAACUUAAAUGUGUACGCUACACUUAAGUUUUCACAAACUGUCUUGCCUGUGCCUUGAUUUAGUUGUCAUGAAUGACAUUUCUAUAUGUAUAUUGGGACCUUGUUUAUCUGUGUUGAACUGUAGGCUAUUUACUCCAUUAUUUUUAAAUGUGAAUGUGUUUGAGCCAUAUUAUGAGUUACUUGAACUCAUGUUACUCCGAGACUGAGAUGUGUAAUAAAAGUCUUAUGUCUCAAAAAGA